AAGAAAUUAGUAAUAUGAAAAAGAAAAUUAAAAAUUAAAAAUUUACUUUUGUAUAUUUUAGGAAAAAGAAAAUAAUAAAAGUUGAAAGAUAAAAAACAAGGAAAGGGACAAGCUGUGGCUUGACUGAACCCUCUUCCCCGCGUCGACGCCCUCUCUCCUUCAUCUUCUUCGCUCUCUCUCUCUCUAUCUCUUUCUGUCUGUCUGUCUGUCUGUCUGUGCAGCCCUGAGUUUGACCGGUUUUCGAACCGUCAACCCAUCGCCGAUCCUUUUCGUCAAUUCUCGGUCAGAUUCAGAGUUUCUGCGUGAUUCGUCGUGUUUGUGUUAGCUCUGUCUUGCUGUUUAAGAAAUGGUGGGUUCUGACUGUUCAACUGGGUUACCCUCGGUGUCACAUCCGGCGACGAAUUAUGGUGUUACGAAACCGAUUUCUCUUGCUGGGCCAACGGAUGCUGAUAUUCACCGCAAUAUCGAACUGGAGAAGUUCUUGGUUGACUCGGGGCUUUACGAAAGUAAAGAAGAAGCUGCUAAAAGAGAAGAAGUUCUGGGCCGCAUUGACCAGAUUGUUAAAAAUUGGGUCAAGCAAUUAACCCUCCUAAGAGGGUACACAGAGCAGAUGGUGGAGGAUGCAAAUGCUGUAAUUUUUACUUUUGGGUCUUACCGUCUUGGGGUACAUGGACCAGGAAGUGACAUAGACACUUUGUGUGUUGGACCAUCGUACGUGAAUAGAGAAGACUUCUUCAUCAUCUUGCAUGAUAUAUUGGCUGAAAUGGAAGAGGUUACCGAUCUUCAACCAGUUCCUGAUGCUCAUGUUCCAGUAAUGAGAUUCAAAUUUCUGGGAAUAUCAAUUGAUCUUCUGUAUGCGAGUAUUUCCCUACUGGUUGUCCCGGAAGACCUGGACAUCUCUCAUGGAUCUGUGUUGUAUAAUGUUGAUGAACAAACUGUUCGAAGCCUUAAUGGAUGCAGAGUUGCAGAUCAAAUUCUAAGACUUGUUCCAAACGUUGGGCAUUUCCGCACGACACUUAGAUGCUUGAAGUUUUGGGCCAAAAGACGUGGUGUAUAUUCAAAUGUCACUGGGUUCCUUGGAGGUGUAAAUUGGGCACUUUUGGUUGCUCAGGUAUGCCAGCUUUACCCCAACGCAAUUCCAAGCAUGCUAGUUUCUCGUUUCUUCAGAGUGUACACCCAGUGGCGUUGGCCAAAUCCUGUAAUGCUAUGUUCAAUAGAAGAGAAUGAACUUGGAUUUCCUGUUUGGGAUCCUCGUAGAAAUCCUCGUGAUCGAUUUCAUCUUAUGCCAAUAAUAACUCCAGCUUACCCUUGCAUGAACUCUAGCUAUAAUGUCUCAACUAGUACUCUUCGUGUUAUGAUGGAACAAUUCUGCUAUGGUAAUAACAUCUGUGAGGAGAUUGACUUGAGCAAAGCCCAGUGGAGUGCUUUGUUUGAGCCAUAUUUAUUUUUCGAGACAUACAAAAACUAUCUACAGGUGGAUAUAAUUGCAGCAGAUGCCGACGAUUUGCUAGCUUGGAAGGGAUGGGUAGAAUCUCGCUUUAGACAGCUUACCUUAAAGAUAGAGAGGGACACCAGGGGGAUGCUGCAGUGCCAUCCCUAUCCUAUUGAGUAUUCUGACACGUCCAAGCCAUGUUCUCACUGUGCUUUUUUCAUGGGCUUGCAGAGAAAAGAGGGACUAAGAGGCCAAGGAGGCCAGCAGUUUGACAUACGGGGAACAGUUGAUGAGUUCAGGCAAGAGAUAAACAUGUAUGCCUUUUGGAAGCCAGGGAUGGACAUCUAUGUUUCUCAUGUACGGAGGAAGCAACUGCCCACCUUUGUUUUUCCUGACGGACACAAGCGAGCAAAGCCAUCCAGGCAUGAAGGACAACAAGCUGACACAGUUUGUGCUGAUAUGCUUCAAGAUCAAUCCGGGAUCACUGAAAAGGGGAAAAAAAGGAAAAGUGAUCAUGAAGAAGAAGAGAAGGAAAAGAAACAAGCCUUUAUCAGUCAACCAGCAGAACAAUCCCCCAUGCCUGAAUUUAUUGGUGGUGAACCUGAUGGAAAAUUGCCAAGUUCGAAAUUUGCUAAUGCAGAUUGUCAUUUGGAGGCUUGGUCAUCUUUUGAACAGCCUGACAGCAGAACUGAUACCAAUGGAAAUGGCACAGAUAUUUCAACUUUGACGAAGGAGACUGGUUCUACAGGGGAUGAGGUAGGGCUACUAGCUAAAGAAAUGGGAGGAUCUUCCUUGAGGAAGGGGGUGCCCGAUCUAUAUAAAGCAUCCGAGGAAGCUUUACAUAUUCGAACGAAUGGGGAAAAUGUCGAGGGGUUAGCACCAAGUAUGAAUGGAAGUGCGCAGACAGUAGCUAUCAGGACUCUUCUCGAUUGGACAAAGGAUGUCGUGAGGAUUGACUCCAAAUCAGGAAAUACAUUUGGUGAAAUGACAGGGGGUGAGAGUACCCAAGUUGACUUUCAACCAAAUUGCAAUACACAUAACCUUAGUUGCAAGGGCAAUGAUAGCAGGACAGAUCCAGAUUUGGCGUUGGAUAAUGGUUCUGUUGUGACUGGAAGAGUGUCUCAAAAUGGUCAAUCUAAAGUGUUGGAGCCGAAGAUCAGCAAUCAGGCAGUCACCGAAUGGAGUUAAUCAGAAUCUAAGCAAAAUUCUGGUAAAAAAGAGUCUUGGGGGAUCUGGCUACAAGCAUCCUUUGAACAGACUGAAUCUGAACCUCAAGACAUGGCAUGCGAAGGGGAAGUACUGGAUGCUGGAUGGGUUGUGAGGUCAGGAGCUGACCAUCAUUUGAGUAGUGCCGAGGAGGGGAAUAGCAUCAAAUUCAAUGGCAUGCUUUCUCCUAUCACAAGCUUCUGGAGGACUGCAUUGGCGUAGAAUACGCAGAACUUCUUUCAUCGAAGGUCGUAUUUCAGGUAACAUGCUCGUACAAAUUAGACCAAGUUUGAACAUAGUAGUCAUCUCUUCCAAAUUGCAUGGGUUUUUUAUUUCCUCAUCAAGGGAUUCAAUAAUAGGCUUUCCCUCACUAUAUUGCUGCCAUGCCCAUUCUGCUAGGCUUGUGUGCUCAUCUCCACUGUUAGGUUCCCUUCCUGUUGUAAGUUCCAGGAGUACAACCCCAUAGCUAUAGACAUCAAUCUUCUCGUUUACUUUCGUGGUGUAGGCAUACUCUGCAAAUAGAGGUCAUGGAAAUUUGUCAAACCUAUAUUUUAGAAACGCUAUGAAAAUAGCAUGUUUAGUAUAGUCAGUAAUGGUCAUGGAGAUGGAAUCCCCUCUAGUUUGGCUAAGAAAAGAAAAAUCUAAAUAUUUCAUUUAGAUCCCCUUUAGGUGCUUUGGGGUCUCCCCUUUUAUUUCAUUUAUUCAACGAUAUGUUUCUAUUCUAAAAAACAAUAAUAAAUAAAUAAUAUAAAUAUUCAAAACAGUGCCAUUUUUGUUUUACAGAGAUUUGCUAAAGCAAGAAAUAGCUUGGCAGGCAGGCCUCUACGAAUGAAAACUAGAAGUGAUGUGGAUUCAUAUGAUUUAUGAUGAUAAUCUUGGAUGAACUUACCUGCGGCUAUUAUAUAAUUUAUGAUACUUAAAUUCUUUGUAUUUUCCAAGGAUGUUAUGGUAUGAACUUACCUGGGGCUAUGUAGCCAAAUGAUCCUGCUAUUGCAGAGAUGGUGUGGGGCUCUCCCUGACUGGCGAGCAUCUUGGCCAACCCAAAAUCUGCUAUCUUUGCCUGGAACUCGCAGUCUAAUAAGAUAUUACUUGACUUCACAUCUCGAUGAAUGAUUGGUGGAGAGCAAUCAUGGUGCAUAUAACUGAGGCCCUGUGCAGCUCCAAUAGCAAUCUGCAACCUCCGUGGCCAGUCUAAGACAGAUUGCUCAAGAAAAUUCAUUGCAGCAGCUGUUAACCUUUUCUUCUUUUUAUGAAGCCACCUAUCUAGGCUCUGAUUUUCCAAGUAUUCAUAGACUAAAAGCUUUGAAUUCUCAUUCCAGACGCAGCAUAGCAGCUUCACUAUAUUUGAAUGCCGAAUUGAGCCUAGUAUUUGAACUUCUGCUUGAAAUUCUUUCUCAAGUUUUUUAUCUAACUUAUUGUUACUCCAAAUCCUUUUGACAGCUACAUAAUAACCAGCAUGGUUGAUGUCUAUGCAGUACACUUUUCCGGAUCCACCACUUCCAAUCAGAUUGGUUUCUAUCAAGUUUGACAAGAUAUUCGUCUCUGUGAACUCCAAUCUCUGGAAUGAAGUUAGCUUCCAUGUGUCGGGGUGGCAUCUUUCAUCCUUUUUGCAAUAACUUUUAUAUAGGAUGAUAAUCCAUAGUAAAGCAAUUACGAGCAAGGUAAUGGUGAGAACUAGAAUGAGGGAAAGAUAUUUAAAGGACUGAUAUUUUGAAUCUCUUUGUCUAGAAUAACAGCUUGGGAGGUCAAGUACACCGAUGGCAGUACACAGUUUGGGGUUGUUCAAGAAACUUCUUCCAUAUGCUAUAUUCUCGUACUCAUCUGGGAUUUUCCCUGAAAGCUGGUUGGAAGACAAGUUGAGGGAAGCAAGUCUUAGGUGGCCAAUUUCAGGUGGGAUUUCACCUGUGAAGUUAUUACCUGAUAAAUCCAGGUAAAGGAGGUUAGGAAGAGAACCAAAAGCUGCAGGAAUAUGGCCUGAAAUUUUAUUUCUAGAGAGAUUUAGAGUAUUCAAUGAUUCCCACGAACCAAUUGUCGUUGGAAGUUGGCCUGAGAGUUGAUUACCACUCAAUACAAGUGUGGUAAGAUGAGGAAGACUUGCCAAUCCAUCAGGGAACUUACCAGAAAGCAGAUUGUUGCUUGCCUCAAACACAAUCAAGUUUCGCCAAGCUGACACAUUUUGAGGAAUUUGACCCCAAAAUUUGUUGUCAUUUAUUGCCAGUCUCGAGAGAUUCCAAGACAAGCUAUCUGGUAACUCACCUGAGAAUGAGUUUCCAUCUAACAUUAUGCUUGAUAGAUUGAAAGUAGUCCAAAGACCUGGAGGAAUUUCACCAGAAAAGUUGUUGUUAGAAAGCUGGACUGUACGUAAAGUCCUACAAUUGCCAAGCCCUUUCGGCAAUUUGCCACUAAGGUUGUUGGAAAAGGCAACUACUCCCUGUAAGACGCCAUUUUUACAGAGAUGUUCAGGCAAGGAACCGUUUAGUUUAUUCAUUGAAACCUCCAAUGCUUCCAGAUUUGAGUGCAGACCCAAUUCUUGUGGCAAGGCCCCAGUUAGGCUGUUGUUGAAUACACGAAAACCUUUCAGUUCAGGUAUGAGGCCUAGACUUCCUGGAAUCUCUCCAGACAAGUGAUUUGCAAACAAGUUCAAGACCUGCAACUUUUUUAACUUCCCAAAAUCUUCAGGGAUCGUGCCGCUUAAAUUGUUCGCUGAGAGGUCAACAUUGAGUAAAUUUGAUGCUCGAAUCGACUUGGGUAUUUCUCCGGACAAUCGGUUUUGGUAGAGAAAUAAGUUGUUUAAAUUCUGCAAAGAGAACAACCCAGCAGGAAUAGAACCUAUCAAGUUGUUACUGGAUAAAUCCAAGUGUUCAAGGCUUAAAAGUUCCGAUAAGCUUUCUGGGAUUUCACCUAUCAAAUUGGACUUUGUCAUCCACAUAUAUUUCAACUUCUUCAGUUUCCUGAAAUCUUCUGGUAUUGGCGAUGGGACAAGCAAAGUGUUAUACGCCAUGCUCAAUACUUCAAGAUUAGACAAGUUGGCAAUUUCAGCUGGCAAUGUGCCAUUGCAUUGAGUUCUGUAAAUUUUUAAAGUUCUCAAAUCUGACAAUUUCCCUAGAGCUGCCGGAAAAUCGCCCGAGAAGUUGUUUGCGCUAAGGUCCAUGUACUGUAGAGUUUGAAGCCGGUCUACAUCUUGGGGUAUUGAACCCACAAAAUAGUUUCCUGAAAGAUCAAGAUAUUUGAGCUUGGAACAGUUGUAUAAAACUUCUGGGAACUCACCAGGGAUAUAGUUCCAUGAAAGAUCAAGCACAGUGAGAUUUUGCAGGUUACAUAUGACAGUUGGGACUUUCCCAGUGAUAUUCUUGUUCCUCAGAGAGAUUCCAAUGACUGUGCCGUCUCUACAGAUGAUCUCCGGCCAAUCACAGGGCAAGGACGAGGCAUUCCAUAACCAAAGAGAGGAUGGAUUCCCCCAUUGUUCUUUGAGAUCAAGCAAGAUGGCCUGGUCGACAUUGACAGGUUGUGAACUUGCAUGGAAUUGUAUGUAGAUGAAGUAGAAGAGAAAAAUAGAGUUACAGAAUGAGAAAGAUGGAGAACUGUAUGUGAAAGUAGAUGCCUUGGAUUCAUGUAGUUAACAUCUACUCUUAAAGGCAGUCAAAGCUUGGGGUGGUUUGUUCUUACACGGCACAGCCAAAUUCCAAAAGCUGGUAACUAUAUUCAUGUUCUUUACCAAACUCACGAAUGGUUUUGACAUGAUUGUUACUUUAUAGAUAUGGAUAUAUAUUCAUUUCCUCAGUUCAUGAACA